AUGGAUUAUAAUGAGCUUUUAGGCGUCACACACAGUGAUGAUGAUGGAACCAGCGACCAUGAUGACGAUUCCAAACACCGGGCAACUGAGAGUAAGGGCUACGCUAUAAAGCGGUCCAGGACAGCAGAGCCACACGGAUCGGACAACCGCAACUCUGAUAACGAACACGGGGAAAAGCAGUCACGGACAGAUCUCCAUGUCAAGAGGCGGAAGCUCAACAGGGGGAUGGCCGAAGCAGCCUCAAGCGAGGAAGACAAUCGCAAUCAAACCAAAGCCAUUGAACAGGACAUAGAUUUAGCCCCUUCGACGACCAAAUCGCCAGAAGAGAAGACAAAGCCACGCAAAGCACCCAAGAGUAAGAAAAGAGGUGUGAUCUACUUCUCUUCACUUCCGCCGUAUCUCAAACCCAGGGCUUUGAAGAAUCUCCUACAAGCCCGCGGCUUCGAACCGAUCACAAGAAUCUUCCUUACGCCAUUAAUGCCGAGCGAUUCACGCCAGAAGGGGAACAAACGCAAGACAUACUCAGACGGCUGGGUAGAGUUUGCAUCCAAGAAAACAGCCAAGAUCUGUGCGGAAACGCUCAAUGCGAGAACCAUUGGUGGCCGCGGCUAUUAUCGCGACGAUCUCUUAAACGUCAAAUACCUACACAAGUUCGGCUGGGACGAUUUGAUGGAGCAGGUGCAAAGGGAGCGGUCAGAACGUGAGGCAAAGAGACGAAUCGAGGAUGCGCAAGCACGGAAGGAGCAGAAGAUGUAUUUGGAGAAUGUUGAGGCUGGACGAGCUGUCCAGGGAAUGGCUAGAAAGAGGGAGGAGAAGCAAAGAGCAUUAACUCAGGGUUCUAAGGACGACAUGGCCGCAAAGGCUCCCGAUAUCCGACGACGUUUUGUACAAAAUACUACUAUUACGAGGGAGAGAGAGGAUGGUGGCCCGAUAGGUGAAGAUACCAAAAGAGUGUUAGCUACGAUAUUUUAA